AUGGACGUCAUGACGCUUGCGAGGGACGUUCCGCGGGCACGUGGUGCAGGAAAGGCGGUUGUACGGCAGGUCUUCCGUGAUGGCGGCUCUCACAAAAAUUCCCUAAGGGGCGCCGCCAUACUUCGUCAUAGCGUCUUCGUCUCAAAGCCCUUAAAGCGGAGCGGAAUCUUCGUGUUGGAAGGUCGCCCAGGGGGUGGACUGUUAUUACAGGAAUUGCUGAUACUGGAGGAUGUGGCCGUGGACUUAACCUGGGAAGAGUGGCAGCUCCUGGACUCUGAGCAGAAGGACCUGUACAGGGAAGUGAUGAUGGAGAACUACAGGCACCUGGUGUCAGUGGGUUAUCAAGUCAACAAACCAGACGCUCUCUCCAGAUUGGAAUAAGGAGAAACGCUGUGGUCAUUAGAAGAUGAAAUCCACAGUCGAACCCACCCAGAAAUUGAGGAAGUUGAUCAUCUGCAGUGGCACUUGCAAAACUAAAAUAUGCUGAAGGCAAUGGAACAGCAUGCAUUUGGAAGUAUUGUUCUGCAGAGCAAAAGUCAUUUUCCUUUAAGGCCAAACGAUAUGUUUGAUUUAGAUGGGAAAACUUUGAUCUUAGAUUUAAUCUACCAGAGUAGAAGCUGUGACAUAAGGGAGGCUGCUGAGUUUAAUGGAGAUGGAAGAUCCUUUCUCCAUGCAAAUCAUGAGCAAACUCAUACUGAAAUGAAAUUCCACAAAAGUAGCAAGCCCAUCAGGACUAAGUCACAAUCUCUUAAAAUUCAGGAAACACACAGAAUAGAGAAUGCCUAUGAAUGUACUGAAAGUGGGAAAGCCAUCCUCAAGAAGCCUCAGCUCAUGGAACAUAAGAGAAUUCAUACAGGAAAGAAACCCCAUGGAUGCGGUGUCUGUGGGAAAACCUUUUCCAAGAAGUUCAAGCUCACUGAACAUCAGCACGCUCACAGUGGAGAGAAACCUCAUGCGUGCAAACCUCAUGCAUGCAGCGAGUGUGGGAAAGCCUUUCUCAGGAGAUUUCAACUUACUGAACAUCAAAAGAGCCAAACGGGAAAUAAACCCCACGUGUGCAGGAUGUGUGGGGAAGCAUUCCCCAGAAAGUUCAGGCUAACUAAACACCAGAGAAGACACACAGGAGAGACCUAUGAAUGUUUUGAAUGUGGCCAAGCCUUUUGCAGGAAGGCAGAUCUCAACAUACAUCAGAGAAACGAAAGAGGAGAAAAACCCUAUGAAUGCAGUGAAUGUGGGAAAGGUUUCUCCAGAAAGCCACAGCUCAUUCCACAUCAGAAAGCUCACACACGAGAGAAACCGUAUCUAUGCAGUGACUGUGGGAAAGGUUUCGUUCAGAAGGGCGAUCUUAUUAUCCAUCAGUGGACUCACACCGAAGAGAAACCCUAUGGCUGCACUGAAUGCGGGAAGGCCUUCAGCCAGAAGGCAUGUCUCAUUGCACAUCAGCGGUUUCAUACAGGCAAGACUCCCUUUGUAUGUACCCAAUGUGGAAAGUCCUGUUCGCAGAAAUCAGGACUCAUCAAACAUCAGAGAAUUCACACAGGAGAAAAACCCUGUAGGUGCAGUGAGUGUGGGAAAGCCUUCACCACAAAGACAGUGCUCAUUGUCCAUCAGAGAACUCAUAUAGGAGAGAGACCCUAUGGAUACGAUGAGUGUGGGAAAGCUUUUACCCACAUGUCAUGCCUGGUGAAAUGUAAGAGGACAUGUGUAAGAGAGAAACAUAAAGAUUCAGUGAAAAAAAAAAAAAUAAAUAAAUAAAUAAAUAAAUAAAAAAAAAAGAUUCAGUGAAGGUGGAAUAUCUUCCCAUAAGUAGUCACAGCUUAUUAGAUACGAGUGAACUCCUGCAGAAGGAAAAGCUUGUUAAUUCGGUGACUGUGACUCCUCACACAUCAUUAAACAUCAGGGGGCUCCUAGUAGAUAGAAAUGGGGUCACUGUGGAAGAGCCAACUGCCGGACAUGCACCCUCAGCAGAUAACAGAGAGUUCAUACAGGAGACGAAUGUUAUAAAUGAAGUGAAUGUGGUUAUGCCUUCUAUGGUCAGUUAUAUCUUAUGUCACAAAAAACACAUAGGAAAAAACUGGUACAUUCAAUUUGGAAAUCCUUGAGCAAUAAUAUCUAGCUGAUUAUAUGAUUAUGGGUCAAUAGAAAGCCUGUGAAUGCAGAGGGUAGGAAAGCUGUUUUUAGGAAGAUAGACCUUAUCUAUCACCAGUGAUCACCAUAGAUCAUCAGUGAGCUCAUAGUGGGUAGAAAUGUGAUAGAGCAAAUGUUCUUGCCCUCCAUAGGUGUCGGCAUAUUCUGGAGAGAGUCUGUUGGAAGGCAGUGAACGUACGGGGUUUUCAGCAGGACAUUCUGCCUCAUCUGUUAGCAGGUAAAAUCAUGUAGAAAUAAAAUGCCGUGAACACACUAAAUGUGGAACACCUUUAAAAAAAUAUUGAAGUCCUUGUAAAUCAAAGAAGGCCUGUGAAAAUGAAGAAUAUUUGAAGUUCAAGUUCAUCAUAUAUUACAUAAUACACCUGAUGAAUAUUUUUGGACAGGAUACCUUGAACCAUAUUCCUAGUUACUAUGUUAAAUGAUUCUAUAACUUAAAGGAGAUAGUCUCUACCCCACAUCAUUGGUUAACAUCAUCACAUAUUCACUUCUCCAUUUGUAGAUUCUUUUCCUUUACAAAAAUUAUUUUCAAUAAACACCCAUUAUUUGAUGAUUAGCUAUUGCAUUUCUUUGGCUUUAUUUAAAUAUUUCAGACAACUAAAGUCCUUCAGAAAAUAAACGAUUAAAUUCAUAAAUGUAACUUAAUGUCUUUAGAUGAGUUUACUG